AUGUAGUAGGAAAGAUAAGAUAUUUCAUAGCAACCUUAACAAACAUUCGGAGUUUAGUAGCCUUUUUAAAAUUACUCAGGUGCAUAAAUUCAAAACAACUUCUCUUCCUUGCCAAAUGCUUCAAGCUAUAUGUUUAAUAGGACAGCAAGGGAAUAAACUAUGAAUGAUCCAAUAGAUAACGAUAUGGCUUUGAAGACAUUAUAUUCAAAUUAAAAGUUUCAACCAAGUUUUGAAAAUCCAGCAGCAUCGAUAAAUGAGGAAUAAAAAUCAAAUCAGUUAAUAAGUUAAUACAACUAGUAAUAGCAACCAUAAGAUAGGUUGAACACAUAUUAAUAUUCUUAUUCUCCCAACGAGGUAAACGUUUAUGAAUAGGAUCUUUCUGAGUAAAAAUUUAAUUAGUAAAUUCCUAAUUCUACUCUUCCUCCUCUAGCCUAAAUUCCUCCAAGGGGUUUUAUUUAAGAGCCUGCUUAUAGCACGCAUGUAAGAUCUUACUCAAUAGAAAGACCUCCAGUUCCUGUUGUACCUUCGACUGCUCCUCCAAAAUUAGCGACAUAACUUCCAUCACCAUAUAAGCCUCCUUAAUAGCCACCAUUAAAUACUGAAAAUUAAGAUUAUAUAGUGUACUUAAAUAACAGUCUUAGAGACUACUAAGAGAAAUGCGAGCAAUAUUAAUUUCAACUUAACAAGCUUAGGGAAUUCACAAGAGAAUAAGAUAACAUUAUAUCAGCCAAAAUGAGUUUAAUAGAUACAAUAUAGUCAGAAGUAAAUCUUCUGAGGGCAGAGUAUGAUAAGGUCUUCAAUGACCUCUUGUAAUAUAAGGACACUCUUAGAAAAUUUUAUACAUUAUACAUGGACUAAGAAUAGUUUAUAAAUGAUUUAAAAUUAAAUAACACAGAUUUGAUUAUUGGAAUUGAUAGACAAGGAACUAAAAACAUAGAAUUGAUGGACGAAGUAAAAAAUUUAUUAAGCGAUAAAGAGAUGCUUAGAUUCAGAAUGUAAGAAUUUCAAAAGAAAUAAGAUUUCGACAUAGAAUCUAUCAAAAAGUAAAUGUAGUAAAGAGAUGAUGAUGUCAGUAACAUAAGGAAAAAAUUGAAUGAAGUAAUUGAAGCAAAAAGAAGGGUUGAAGAGGAUAAAGAAAAAGAUCACUUUGAAAUUGAGCACUUAAAGAAUAGAGUAAAUUAAGAAUAAAAAGAAAAAGAAGUAAAGAUCAUUUAAUUUGAGAGAGCUAUGCAAAAAGAAUAAGAAGAAAAGGCCAAGAUAAUUAGCGAACUAAAUUAGAAAGUUCAUGAUUUACAAAUUUAAAAUAACAAGUUGCUUGAUGACAGCAAAAUUUAUGUAAAAGAGCUUUAAAAUCUAGCAAGAGAACUCAAAAAUAAGGAAUUUGAUUAUAGCAGAUUGAAAGAACAAAGUUACAACAUGAAUAAGUAACUUGACUUUAAUUCAACGCAAACAGCUGAGAUGAUUAGGAAAGCAUUGAAGGAUUUCGCAUUAAGACACGAGAAAAGUCAUUUGGAUAAAAGAAAAAUACCAUUAAUGAUAGACAAGUUUAUGGAUGUAAUGCAAGAAAAUAAUAAUAGAUAGUCUAAAAUACUGGCUAUGAAUCUUUGGAAAAUAAAAUUUAUGCUCAGAUAGAAAGAAAGAUAAAUAAAAGAAAUGACUAAAGAUGAGAAUGAAGCUGAAAGUAUUUCUUCGAACUUUAGAAACCAUAGCAUAUUUUUAGCAGAAUUAGGAAUGAAAGCUAUGGAAUAUAUUCGUUUGCAGGUUGCAUAACUCAGUUAUUAGGUAUUUGAUACAGUUCUUACUACGUGUAACAGAUAAAAAAUAAACUCGCUGAUAUUAUUUGUAAACGAAGUGAAGAAAAUGAGAUCUUGGACAGCGCUAAAGAUAUCACUGGAUGCAUACUAUUUAAUUAAACAGAAUUUGAUUGUUUUUUUAAAAUAGAUAAGGAAUUUACAAAAGCUGACCAGUCUUGAAAGAAAAUUAGAAAUUAAUACAGGGGAAAUGUCAAACUUUAAGGUAGAAAUUAGAGAUAAUAUGAACUAACUUAUUUAAAAAUUGAUCAGAGAGGCUAAUGAUAGCAGAGAAAGAGACAGAUUUGAUGAGAAUUCUAAUGUUUGCUUCUUGUACAAGCUUCUUGCUAUCAAAAAAAAGAGCAAAACUCCUCAAGAUAAUAAAAUAAUGAAAUUUGACGAAGAUUUGCUUAUUGUCUUAGAUGAUAAGAUUUGCUCUGCUCUUCGUUAAGAAGUAAGUUGA